AUAUGUAGCACCUACCAUAUCACUCACAAAAAAAAAAAGUCUGACUCUAUGGAGAGAUUCACCGUCGUCUCUUGUUCACACCCAGUUCCCACAAUUUUCAACCGAACGUCUGAGCAGAGGUAGAAGAGAUGGGAUCGGAUGGAGGAGGGUAUUAAGCAGCUUUAAGCCACGAAUCUUAUGGAGGAAAGGAAAAUCUCAUUCUGGAGCUGAAUGGUUUGAGUUGUGACUUUCUAAGAGAGGUGCAGCAGCUAUCUAAAUUUUUUAUACCCAUCUUGCUUACUGCAAUUGCCAAAGUCCUUCACCAUGGGAAGAAAAAGCAAAUCCCAUUCCGACCCAACAACCGGCAUGGCCAAGAAGAAGGCCAAAGCAGAAAAAGAAGAUGGAAAAGUCGGUGGCACUGACAUCAUCUCACAGCUUCACCCAUAUAUUGUGAUAGACAUUCUGUCACGACUGCCCUUUAAUACCCUGUUCAGCUGUAGGUGCGUUUGCAAGACAUGGCUACAUCUUCUCGUUGAUCCUAGUUUCGCUCAAUUGUAUCACACAAGAGCAGAACCCUGCAUCAUCCUCCAACCCACAAACAAAAACCGUCAACAGCAUCUCUACGCAGUUCAUUUUGACAAUAGAAAUUAUGUGUGUAACUCUAUAGUAAAGUUUGCCACUGAAACCCAUUUAGGUAUGGGAUGUAAUGUGAAACUUAGUCUGUUGGAUUCAUGCAAUGGGUUGAUUUUGCUAGGCGAGAUGUAUCAGCAUCAAUAUCAUGACUUUGUGAAAUUGGAUCAAUUAUAUGUGUGUAAUCCUAUAACGGGUGAGUUCGUCAUAGUUAGGCCUGGCAUCAACCUAACAUCUUCUCCCAUGUGUCCUUGCCUUGGCUUUUGUCCCAAAACUCAAGUAUACAAGGUGGUUCUCUUGUCCAAAAAACAGUAUGUAGCUGAAGUUAGUAACAACAUGGUGACUCUUGUGUACACACUCGGAGAGAAGGGUAAUGGUCUUUGGAAGAGUGUUAAUGUUGGAGAUGGUUUGCUCGAUCAGCCAAGAAAUACUACUUUUCUCAAUGGAAUUAUUCAUUGGGUUGUGAGAUCCCCUAGUGUACCUCAGUUUAUAUAUUCCUUUGAUGUGGAGGAUGAGUGUUUUCGACUGGUUCCACCACCUCCUGAGUUUGUGUCACCUGAUCAAACUACAUGGUCAAAGUGGGAGAUCAAUCUUGGGGUGUUGGAAGGUCAUCUUGCCAUUGUUAAACGUGCUAAAGAUUUUUUCUGGUGCUUUCACAUAUGGGUAAUGAAGGACUAUGGUGUUCAAGCAUCUUGGACUAAGACAUACACUAUGGACUUCUCGAUGGAAAAACUAGCACUUUUAUUGCCCGUUCCACAAAUCCUAGGGUCGUGUCGCAAUGGUGACAUUUUAUUCACACAUCAUGGCAGGAAUUUGGUUUCUUUCAAUCCAUUGAACCCAAGUUUCAAGAUUCAUAGGAUUGAAAAACUAUGUAACUUUCUGAUUCAUCCUUAUAUUCCCAACCUUGCUUCACUUAGGGAUAUAGCAAGAGGAGAACCGUUGUUCAAUGCCACUGUUAUGAUUCAGACAGAGGGAGGAGAUAAGCAUGCAUCAGAUAAGGAGUGAACUGAUAGGGAGUUGAUGGCUAUCUGAUUGUUAUUUCAAAUUUUAUUUCAAGUUGUUGAUUAGGAUGAGUUGUUGAUUAGGAUGAGUUGUUGAUUAGGAUAAGUUGUUGGUUAGGAUUGUAUUUGUUGAUUAGGAUGAGUUGUUGAUUAGGAUUAGUUGUGAUUUGAAGUUACUGCUGAACUAUCAAGAUGUAAUUUGAAUUUCCUAGUUGGGCACUCUGCUUGAGACUAUUUAAGAGUAGAAGCAAUUAAUAAAUAAGCAAGCAAAGUUUAAUCCAAAA